ACGCACUGGCGCCAGGUAGACUCACCGGUGUUUUAAUGCUGCAUCAUGCCAGACGCAUUAACCAGCCGCGCAGAUGAAAAUAAAGAUGGCUGUGAUGAAUAUAAAAGGACGCAUUGAGCGCGUGCCUUCUUCAUUGCGCCUUUCUCAUCGUCAAAGGUGACAUUAACGUACGACAGCUUUGUAGGCAGCUUUCACCGUGUCCGCGGUGUACCCGAGGUGUCUCGUCCCGUAAAAGGAAUAGGCAAGCGAGUGCGUGCAGAGAGACCACAGAGUUGGCGUUGAGUUCGCUGAGGCAGGGUCGCAUUCAUCGGACGAUAGUCUAACCAGUCCCCUUCGUAUAUACAAGGAUAGCCAAGGGAGCAGCUCCGCGUCCAGACAUGAAGUUUCUGAAAUUGGUCGCCGUCUUGGGCUUUAUUUGCCUGGCUGUCACCAGGGAUGCCGAAGGGGCCUGUAAGAGAAACACCCCCGCCGCCGCCGCUGCCAGGACAGCCGCUGACGCAGCAGAAGCAGCACAGAGGACAGCCGCCAACGCAGCAGAAGCAGCACAUAGGACAGCCGCCAACGCCGCAGAAGCAGCAGACAGGACAGCCACCAACGCCGAUGAUGGAGCCCGCAGGGCCGCCGCCGUCGCCGAUGACGCAGCAGAAGCAGCACAGAGGACAGCCGCCAACGCAGCAGAAGCAGCACAGAGGACAGCCGCCAACGCCGCAGAAGCAGCACACAGGACAGCCGCCAACGCCGCAGAAGCAGCACACAGGACAGCCGCCAACGCCGAUGAUGGAGCCCGCAGGGCAGCCGCCAUCGCCGAUGACGCAGCAGAAGCAGCACAGAGGACAGCCGCCAACGCAGCAGAAGCAGCACACAGGACAGCCGCCAACGCAGCAGAAGCAGCACACAGGACAGCCGCCAACGCCGAUGAUGGAGCCCGCAGGGUAGCCGCCAGCGCCGAUGACGCAGCAGAAGCAGCACAGAGGACAGCCGCCAACGCAGCAGAAGCAGCUCAAAGGACAGCCGCCAACGCCGCAGAAGCAGCACGCAGGACUGCCGCCGACGCCGCAGAUGCAGCACGCAGGACAGGCUAGCAGUAGCUUAGCAGUAGCCUAGCAGCGGCCCAGCAGCAGCAGCAGGAAAUGUACAAUAAACGGGAGGGUCCACAAAAAAAA